AUGCAGCACGCAACGCCAGUGUCUGACAUGGAUGUUUCUGGCGCGGAACAAGACAUCGGCUCGAUCAUUGCCAACAGCAGCAGCAAGGGGGAUGCGGCUGCCGGUGCUGCCGAGCUGGGUUACCAGGGCUGGGCCGCGCGGCACCUGGUCCUGGCCUUCCAUCGGAUAUUCGCGGAACAGAGCGAACGGGCGCAGUGGGGCGAUACCGGGGACCUCGUGUCGGAAUCCCUCGAACACCGCGGCGUGAUCUUCUGGUGCCUCACGCACAUCAACUCAAACUCGGACGUUGCAUCCGCCGCGCCUACGGAGGCUGACCGCCGGGACGAGGACGUCUUCCACGACGGGCUGACCGACUUCUACCACGUCUGGACCCUCGCGGAGGCCUUCCUGCUCGACUCCAUCCCGCUGCCGGCGGCGCCCUUGCUCCGCUGGCUCAAGAUGUACAGCCUGUCGGGCGAGGACGAGGCGGCGCGAUCGGAGCUGGACGAGACCGAGCGGGUGGCGCUAGAGGCCGACGCCGCCGGGGGCUCGGCCGACCCGAACCCGGCCUACUGGGACGCUCUCCGCUCACUCGUGGUGGGCGUGGCGCCGAGGCGGGCGGCGGAGUUGCUGCGGAGCCACCCGGAGGGCCGCGACAACGCGAGCGAGGUCGGCGCCCUGGCCCGCCAGCUGGAGAAUAUGCCGUUGCUGCUUCGCGAGGGCGGGGGCGGCGCCGGUGAGGACGGCGGGGACGACGGUGGUGGAGCCGAGGCACACCUGGACCGGGAGGGUUUCUUCGAGACGUGGACGCGCUGGCAGAAGGGCUGCAAGGCGGCGGCGGGGAGGUUUGGUGUUGUGGUGGGUGUUGGUGACGACCGAGGAGGAGGGGACGUCGGCCCCGAGCGGCGGCAGCUGCGCUGGCUGUGGGGUGUGCUGUGCGGCGAGAGGGGCUGCUUGGUCGAAGCCACGAACACGUGGUCGGGUUUUUUCGCCGCCGUCUUGGCGUACGAGAGGCCGGACACGCGGAAGGAGGAGGUGGCGUCGGUGAUGAGGGAGUGCACGAGGGUGUACAGCGAACACCAGGAGGAAGCGUUUCUGACAAAGGUAAUCAGGGACGCCUCGGCCGGCGCCGUGGACUCGAUCCUCAAGUUCGCCCGCGACCACGGAGACACGCUCGCGCUCUCCGUCUGCGCCACCCACCUGGUCGACGUGCUGUCGAGGGCCAAGUUCACGGCGGUCACGCACCAGCAGCGCUCGUGGUUCUUCCGGCGGCUCGCCGACCGCCUUAGGGCCUCCCCCUGCGGCUUCUGGGAGCUCGCGGCGACGUACCUGAGCGGCGGGAGCAGCCGCGACGGCGGCGACGACGAAGACGACGAGGCCGGUCUGCUCCGAGAGCUCGCGCUCGGGGUCGUGCCGGAGUCGGAGAGAGCGACCCACGAGCUCGUGGAGUGGUGCCGCGCUCGAGGCCUGGGGGAGGAGGUGGAGGCGGCCGUGUGCCGCGCGAGGGGGGCCGCGUGGAUAGCAAAGACGGGGUUGUCGGCGGUGGCGAUGGGCACGGCCGUGGCGGCGGCGGAGGGGGAAACGAGCAGCGACGGCGCACGCGUACCGGGGGCGUGCGGGAAGGCGGCGUACUGGCUGGCGAAGGGCGGCGGGUGGGUCCAGCUCGAGAGGCUCUGCGCGGAGGUGUCGGAGCGGCUGAUGGUGGAGGUCUAUUCGGGGGUCGGCAGCGCUGCGGACGUUCAGCAGGCUCAGCAAGUCGUUCUCGCCGAGGCGGACGGUGUCCUCGCCGCGGUCCCUCCGGGCGUGAACGGGCCGGAGCUUUCCUUCCUGGGACGCUACAAAGAAAUCGCGGAUCUCCUCUCGGCCGAGGCGGCGGGGCAACCACCACCCCCGCAUGCCUCGGGCAUCGGGAGUAGCUCGCCAGCCGCGGUGGGUCCCGGGGCCCGCCUGGCCGGCGCCCUCGCGGUGGACAUGCUUGCCCCCCGUGGCAGCUGCGACGGCGAUGCCCCGGUCGCCGGAGCGGGCGCUGACGAGGGAGAAGAAGCAUCUGCUGGUGUGACCGUGGCGCAGGUGCACGCCCUGCUGGCCAAGCUGCAGGCCCUGGUGGCGAGCGAGCACCGCGUGGGGAGCGUGCGCGGGGUGUGGAACCGUUCCAGAGGGGGUCCUGGCUGUGGUGGCGGCACCUUGGCUACUGCGCCCGCGCCGUACGGGUUUUGCAGCGGCGGUGGGAGCGGUGUGGAGCAAGUGUCGGAGAUUCGCCGGGCCCUGGCCGGAUGUUUGGGCGCCGCCAUGAUGGCUCAGAAUGCGGCGGAGGCUGCGCCUGAGGCUGUCGGGAGUGGCAGGCGGCGGGGUGGUCGGGGCGACUUUACGUUGUUGGGGACUAGGAGAUUACCCGCGGAAGCGCUGGUCGAUCCUCGAGUGGCUGUAUGAUCUUGUUCCAAGUGAGUUUUUGCCGCAGAAGAAGCGCACGGACUGCUGUUUUUCCCCCUGUUGUUGUUGUGGCCGACCUGAACUGAUAUUCCGCCAUGAUGGGGCACCUGGGUAGCUUGGAGAGGUGGGGAGUGAUGGUUUGUUGAAAGGUACAAAGUUGACUUCCAAGUGCCUCGUGCGGUCCUGCGUAGAGCAACAUGUCGUAGAUACACGUGCUGGAAGGCGCGUGGUGGU